AUGACCAUGGAAGAGUUUCUCAACCUGUCUUUCCCUAGAAAAGAUCAGUUCAUCCGGGCUGUUGAACGGGCCGGGGCCCAGAGUGGCAUGCAGACCGGUAAUGACCGUCUUUCACUCAGAAUGCGGGAGUCUUGGAUAUGUUGGGAAAAGCUGCAUAGAGAAGGCAUGGGCGACGCAAUGCUGGAUCAAGCAACCGUCAAGGAGAAAGACAGGUUUGUCAACAUGAAGAUGGAUCAAUUCAAACAGUAUCUGAGGGAAAGGCAGACCGACGCUCGGUUCUCCGAUGACAAGAAAGAUUCUGUUGGCCUGAAGAUGCCGUACCUCAAGCUUUCCGUCCAGCUCGUCUGCCGCAUCAAGAUUAAACACGAAUUUGGCAGCGCUGCUCUUCUUCUUCUGAAGGUGCAGGAUAUUCUAUCCUGCGUCAGCUUCUUUCUUAAUUGGACCAUCGACAUAUUCUUUGAAUAA